AGAGAACUAUGAAACUAAGGAGGAUUCUCUGAACAAUAUGACAAUUGAAAGUGAAAAAGUUGACAUAAUAACAGAGAAUGAACGAUCAGUGAAAGAACUGUAUCUGGAAAGUUUAUAUCAAAAGCCACCCACACAAGGAUUCUAUUGUCCCAAUUGCAAGGCUUGUGUCCAGAAAGUUUUGAUUUUGGAAGAAACUAUUCAAGAAAUUCCAGAAAGUAAUAAGAAAUGGGAGAUUCUGAAAAGCAUUGUGUUUGGUGGUCUGAUGGAAUCUGUUAUAAGCCUUGUCAUUGUGAUAUCUGCAACAAUCGCUGAUUAUUCUUGCACAGCCCACAUUUUAACUCUGUCUCUUGCAAACUUGAUGGGUGGACAUGUCAUACUUAUUUUUUAUAAGAUGGUAGGACUGAAAUCAGAGCAACCAAGAGGCAAUAAUCAGACAGGUGAAUGUCUGGAUUGAUAUUAUGAGGUGCUGGGAAAGAGAAAGAAUUACUAUCAUCAUAUGUGGAUUGCUACAUUAUCAUUCCUCAUAUUUGGGUCUGUGCCGCCAUUAGUGUACGGCUUCACAAUCUACAAGAGCAACAGCAACAAGACUGUGACGCUCGCAGCAGUUGCAGGAGCUUCUGCUCUAUGCAUCACUCUUCUCUCCACUGCAAAAGCUCACAUUCAGAACCCAAAUACUUCUUAUCGCACGUAUCUCAAAACUGUGUUUCAAUAUCUCUUUCUUGCAGCCGCGGCCUCUGAAUCUUCUAACGUGUAUGGUCAUUUUGUUUGGAACUUUCUGGAAAAUCAUGGAUGGUUUGCUUCACAGUGUUCAACUUCUACUCUGCUUCUUCCUCAUAUGAGCUCCUACUAGUUGUGAGCCACUGAACCAAGAUGAAAGCUAUGAAGCACCCAUUUGAUUUGUGCGUUUCUGGCAUAAGUUUAUGGUUUAGGUUUAUAGUUGGUUAAAUUAAUCAUUUGGUCUAUGUACAUUUAAAUAAAUUAUAUCCCAAUCCUAAAUUUUA